AUGCCAACCAGUACACCUGGUUCCGAUAAAUCAAGGCAAACGUCGGCCGGAAAGUCGUUUUUUGGGAGGAAACUGUACAAGGACCGGCCGGGCGACGACCGCUAUGAUGGAUACGCGGGAUCGUACGACAGCCUGGCGCCGCCUGCGGCCAGUAGUGCGGCGGGCUCUCGCUCAUCUCGCUACUCCAAACGGUCGUCGAUUCAGUCUGUCGACCUGAACCACGAUAUGGACCCCGGAAGCUUUGCGCCGACGCCGGGCGUCAUUACCUCCAUUCCCUUUGAAAGCCUUCCCUCCGAUACCAAGACCCCGAUAGCCAUCGACAGCAUGUCCCGCCCAGAUUCAUCGUCGCGCCAUGAUCCAGCGCCGAACCACGCUGGCAACCAUCAAUACCAGACAUGGGCCGCUUCCUCCGCGCCGAAUGGUUCCAGCUCCCACCCCUCUGGCCCGCGGCCGCCCCCACACUCUUCCAACAUGACCAUGAGCAGCAGCACAUCCGGUGACCGCGGAGCGCGAUAUCAGCAGUGGGGGAGGCCGGGGAGUUCAGCCGCGAAUGCCGGUUCAAUUGACUCUUCCUCGAAUUCUCGCACGUCUCUCGACCAGGCCAGCAUCUAUUCCUCCCAUUCAUCUAACACGCGGGGCUCGAAUUAUUGGUCUUCUGACGGCUCUGCUCGUACCAUCACGACGUCCCAUUCGGGGGAUCGCAACACUCUCUUCCAGAGUGGAAGCGCCGGCCGCUUGUCCAAUGCGCCGGCCCCGUCGAAUUAUCCGCCGCCGCCAGAGCAUUUCCUGACUCGACCGAGAGAUGACCGCGUGGUCGAUCAACUGUUCUUGGAUUUGAUGCAGAAACGAGGCUGGCAGAAUCUCCCCGAACAAGCCAAGAGACAGAUGCUAGCCUACCCAGCCUCCAAGAAAUGGACUCUGGUCCAUCAGGACCGGUUGACGGAGCUGCAAGGAGAGCAGAAGAGACGUCAAACUGCGCGUCAGACUCAGUACCAGGAAGGGAUGUCCGGGUUGUUGGAACGUGCGGACGAAGAAGGCAGCCCUGAGUGGUAUGUUAAGAAGGUCAUGGACGAUACCAUCACAUCGAAGCAGCUCGCCAGUUUGAGUGUCAGCCUACGGACACAGCCGAUUAGCUGGGUGAAAGCUUUCGUGGAAGCGCAGGGUCAGAUUGCUUUGACAAAUGUCCUUCAGAAAAUCAACCGAAGAAAAGCUUCCGGGCCCGUUCCUGCUGCCCCAACUGGUGAUCGAGAUCUGGACCGAGAGUAUGAUAUUGCGAAAUGUUUGAAAGGCCUGAUGAACAACAAGUAUGGUGCGGAUGAUGCCCUGGAACAUCAAGGUGUUCUCGUGGCUCUUGUUACCUCGCUGGGAUCGCCUCGUUUGAAUACCAGGAAGCUUGUCAGUGAGGUCUUGACCUUCCUCUGUCAUUGGGCCGAGGGACAAGGACACCUGAAAGUCCUCCAGGCCAUGGACAAGGUCAAGCACGACCACAACGAAACUGGCCGUUUCGACGCCUGGAUGCGCAUUGUCGAGGUGACGAUCGAUGGCCGUGGCAAGAUGGGGAGCCUUGUUGGCGCCAGUGAAGAGUACCGCAGCGGAGGUAUUGGCAUGGAGAAUCUGCUGAUGGAGUACGCGGUCUCGACUAUGAUCCUCAUCAACAUGCUGGUGGAUGGAGCGGAGACCGACCUGCAAUUGCGGUGCCACAUUCGCGCCCAGUUCAUCUCAUGUGGCGUCAAGCGUCUCUUGACGAAGAUGGAGGGGUUCCAGUACGAGGUCAUCGACAAGCAAAUCGAACGGUUCCGGGAGAACGAGGCGAUCGACUACGAAGAUCUCCUCCAGCGGGAGGGCAGCAGCGCGAAGGACAGUGUCGAAGGCGAGGUGAAAGAUAUGAGCGAUCCGCUUCAAAUCACCGAUGCCAUUGCCACCAAGAUUCAAGGUAGCCGUGCACACGACUACUUCCUGUCUUCCAUGCAGCACAUGCUCCUCAUCCGCGAGAAUGCAGGCGAGGAAGGUCUUCGCAUGUUCCAGCUGGUGGACGCCAUGCUGAGCUACGUUGCUAUGGACCGGCGGCUUCCCGAUAUGGACCUCCGGCAAGGCUUAAAUUUUACCGUUCAAAGCCUCUUGGACCGACUUCACACCGACGCAGAGGCCAGACAGGUGUACGAUGAGUCUCUCGAGGCCCGUCAGAUCGCCGAGGCUGCUCUUGCUGAGCGUGAUGAAAUGAAAGCACAGGUAGAACUUGGUGCCGAGGGUCUUGUCAAAAAGCUUCAGAAACAGAUCGACGAACAAGCUGGCAUCAUUGAGCUCCAAGGGCGGCAGAACGAGUCGUUGAAAGCCGAGGUCGCAGAGGUGCAAAGGCUUCGUGCCCAGGAGCUGCAACGCAACGAAUUGGAGACCCGAGAGUUGUAUCUCAUGCUGCGCGACGCCCAGGAUAUUGCUGCGUCUAACGCCAAGAAGGCUGCCAGCGGCACCGGCGACAAACUCGCCGAAGAGGAUCCAUCUAAGAUGCCUGGCGUCAUGGACCGAGAGCGGCUUAUGGAACGUCUGGAGCGGCAGCUGGAACGAACCAAGACUCAAUUCAAGCUUGAGGGCAAAGUUUGGGGCCAGCAUGGACCAUCUGAUCGGUUGCGCGAGCUGCGUGAGAAGAUGGACGGCGAAGACGAUUCCAGCGAGGACUUCGAGGAGCAGACCCGUCGCAGACUGGAUCCCGGUGCUUUUGGUUCUGUUUAUCGGAAGAGAAGCCAUGUGCCGGAGAUGGGUCACACGCCUGAGAGCGGCGACUCCAUGACACCUGUGGAUGAGAGUGACGAAGUUUUGUACGAAAAACCUCGCAUGGUGGAACUGUCACGCCCGCAGCGCAUGAACACUGCCCAGGCGACUGGUCUGCUGGGCGAGCUUGCUUCCAAGUUGCCUAAAUAUGCUGGCGAUGAUGCCGAAGGCGAUGCCUUUAUGGCUGAACCUCCUUCUACCCUUUCGGCCGAAGAGGCCGCUCUUGCUACCGACGAACCGGUUUCAUCGCCAGAGAAGGAGAAGGCCGAUCGUGCUGCUAUGCCCCCUCCGCCGCCACCGCCUCCUCCCCCAGGCGCGGCCAAGGGGGAGCCGCUAUGCCACCACCACCUCCUCCGCCUCCCGGAGCAGUGA